AGCUCAAGUCUCUCCCCUGGAGCUGGAUGUUCCAGAAAGGACACUCAGUUCUUCAGGGCUGUCUCUGUGAUCCAGGCUUUGAUCUGGGAAAGGUUGCGCCUCAUUGCAGAGUUGAAGCUAUCUUCCUGCUUUGUUUACAUGAACGCCCUUCCAGGACUCUGUCUGCUUUUGGGGUGGAAGUGCCCUGCCAAAAACUCCAGCUCUCCAUGCUGGCUGUGUGGCCAGCAUACCUCCUGCCUUUUCAACGAUUCCACUGCCCUGGAUAGAGAGCGGUGUCUCAUAACAGUUUGGAAACUACAAAAGUUUCCCUGGCAGGAUGAAUGAUGGACUCGGUAACAUGUUUUUGCCUUUUGGAGUUGCCCUCCAAUUUUUCCAGGCUUGAUUCUGUAAAUCAUUUCAUCUUGUAAAAAUACUGGGCUGUGAGCACAGAUGAUCUCAAAGAUGAGGAAACAGAAGCUUGGAGAUGUGAGUGAACAUUUCCAAGGUCCUGCAGCUAAUCAGUGGCUGACAACUUCUUUCCUCUGCCUAUUUUGCCAUCCAUGUCAUGGUUUGUGUCAAGGCUCUAGGACAAGUCUACCAUCAGCACCACAGCUCCUGUGCACAAAUCCAGAAUGCCAGACUGAAGGCAGAAGGAAGGAUCCUUUAUGCACUGAAAGAAGAAAGUAGAACCAUUUCUGGGUCCCAGAUGUGGGAAGAGCUCCUGUUGCUGUGGAUUCUGACUUCUGGGUCUUGGAGCAGGAGGUGGCCAGCAAGCUAAGCUGUCCUGAGGGUGUGCCAGGCCAGGGGCUGAAGACAACGUUGGAGCAUCCACAGACUGGUUUGUCUCAAGAAGCAUGUUACUAAAUAUGAAAUGGCAAAAUCUGCAAGUGGGUUUACUUUUCCCCCAUAGAUUAGAAUGGAUUCAAUA